AUGGAAAACCAAAGAGUUCCAGGCCAAACUCAGAUGAGGAGGGAUAACCCACCAUCUGAUGCCUACAGCCAAGGCCAGACAACAAACUUCUUUGAAGAGACUGGAAAGCAAGUGAAGAACAUGGGCCAAGGUGCGGCGGAGGUGGGGAAGGGGGCGGUCAACCUCGCUGCCAACAUCACUCAAGGGGCAGUAGAUGCUGUGAAAAGCACAAUCGGAAUAAACAACAACAAUAACUCCACCAUCACCACUAGUAACCUACGUGGCGCUGGCGCCGGCAGCAGUAGCGCAAUUCCAAAUCUCAUGGAUACCGACGCUGAUGUAGCGGAAUUGUGUUAUCCAACCAACCACAACAACAAUUAA